CCCACAUACAUUUGAAAUGGCAACGUCGGAUUUGUCCUAUGUUCAGUUCGAAGGCCAUACAAAACAGACGUUUCUCAUAUGUUUUGUGUGUGUGUGUGCGUGCAAACAUUACAUAUUCAAUUUGUGGAUUUUAUGAGUUGUUAAUCAUGGAGUGGAGUAACGAUAAGAGUUUCCAAUUAAUUGACGAGUAUAAGAAAUGGCCAAUUGUAUGGGACGUGAAGCAUCCGUCGCAUUACUCUAAAAAGCAAAAGACUAUAGCUUGGUAUGCAAUUAGUGAUAAAUUAGGUGUUAGUGUGGCCGAGGCUAAACAGAAAAUGAACAGCUUGCUGGGGUCGUUGCGUCGCGAAAAGUCCAAAAUAUUGAGGGCGGCUGGACCAGGUCAAGCUCCCAUUUAUAAUUCAAGAUGGUUCGCCUUCAAGCGAAUGCAGUUUCUAUUAUACAAGGAAGAGACCGAAGAGACCACGCUAGAUUCAGAAAUGGAACAGCAUCAUUUUAGAAAUUCCGAAAUAAUCGAAGUGGAAAUCCAAGACAAUCCAGAGGAGGAGAGUGGCGAGAAACUGAUUGUAGCAAAGAGACGCACAUUUCGGCCCUCAGUAGCUGCUCCGAAGCCCAUUAACGACACUACAUUGGACGAGAAGAGUUUCAACAGUUCCCUGAGCGCUCGGCUCGAAGAUCCAUGUGCAACUUAUGGGGCACACGUGGCAAAUAAGCUCAGAAGUUACACGCAACAAGUGCGUGUGCAAGUGGAACAUGCCAUCAACAAUAUUUUGUUUGAGGCAGACAUCGGCAAAUUUAAUACGAAUCCUGCGGGACGUUCGAAAAUGUCCCCGACAAUGUCCGACAUCUUCGAUCCGCAUGACUAUGAAUGAGCAACCUUGCCUUCCGCUCAACUGUUAAUAUCUGUGUAAAAUGAAGUUAGAUGUAGGUACCUGUUGUAAAAAUAAUAAAAUAUCUAAUUUGUA